UCUGAUUAUGAUAACCCGGAGCCGCGCAAAGGAUUCAGUGUGUGACCAAGCGCAGAACCCCGACAUGGAAAUAACACAACCAUCCGUAGGUACAAGUCGAGAAAAUGCAGCACUCCGCGGCGCCGCCAAGGAAUGCACCGCGACCCUGCUGGCGACAACCCUCAACCCUCAGGAAGUAAUCAACGCACUGGAACAGAGGUUUGCGAGACCGGAAAUAAUAGUUAACCAACAGGUAACAUGUUUAAAAAUGUCACCUAAACUUACCUACGAUUUAAAGGAUUUACCUAAUCUCGUAACUAAACUACAAAACUGCGUUGCUACUUUAAGAGCACUCGACCAACACGAUUAUUUGAUUUCACCGGAACUUUAUCAAACGGUUUUAACUAAAUUAACCCCUAUCUUAUUAGAAAAAUGGUUUGACUACGCCCAUUCUCGCAACUCUAAUAAAAAACUGGUCGCGUUAUCAGAUUUUUUGGAAAUAGAAUUAGUAAAACAUGUGAAGUUUGGUUCGCUAGCCAGCUAUAAUCCCAUUCUACCGCAGGACCAAAUUAGAUUUAAGGGUGCUUCACACAGGCGCGAGGAAAACGUCUUAGCCACAACUAGUAACGCAAAAAAAACACAAUGCGUAUAUUGUAACAAUAAACACGAUAUUAGGGAAUGCACACCGUUUAGUGAAUUGCCAAUCAAUGACAAGUGGGCGUGGGUAACAAGAUACAGAGUGUGUUAUAGGUGCCUAAAGAGCCAUCCACACACGUGGAGAGAAUGUUCACCGAACCUAAAAUGUGGAGUUGACUCAUGCAGUAGGAACCACGACCCGAUGCUACAUAGGCAGGAAACGUCAGGUCAAAUAGCGAACAACACAGUCAACGUAACAUGUCCACAGCCCUUACCAGCUACAGUAGACGAACCGUCAAACAACACAGUGGUCGACACGAUCAACACAGCUAUCAACACAUCAUGUGAACGAAGACAAACUCUAUUAAAAAUUAUCCCAGUAACUAUUAGUGGACCAAAGGGUAGCUACGACACCUUCGCUAUGUUAGACGAUGGGAGUACAGCUACUGUCAUUGACCAAGCCGAAGGGCGCCCGGAACAAAUUAGCGUACAAGGAAUAGGAGGUAUGAGGAUAGAUGUCCAAGUCGAGUAUGUCAGCUUCGACAUAAGAGGUAAAUACGCCAACGACAGCUACAAAAUCAACAAUGCCAAGAGCAUGGAAAAAUUAAAUCUCCUGACAACUCGGAGCUAG